GGCGAAAGUGUUCGCUCCCCCUUGUCCGUCGAUCAUUGGAAUUACAUAUUGAAACGGAGCUUAUUGUUGUCCACAAUCGUCAAGGCACAAUACCGGUACUGCAGGGAAAUUUACCGGCCAAGAUACCAAGAACACUGUCAAGUCAAUUCGGACGCGAGGAUGGUGCGAUGCUUAGAAACGAUGAUCAUGACAAGAUCGAAUACCGCACGGAUCCUGGAGAUGUGAAGACCAGUCUCAUUUGUAGAGAAAAAGCACAGAUUAACUGUCCCAGACUCGUUGCAGUGAAAGCAGUUGGAAAGCUACAUCUACGUUGACAAUUGACACGACAGUUGUACUGUAAACGGAGUGACAGAUGGAUCGGGAGGAGGACGUCCGACGGACUGAUGAGAAGGUUUGAUGGGGCCGAUCUUGAUUGCACGAAAAGCGUGGGUGUACUAAAUAGGCAGUCCGCCACCGGUAGAGUCAUUGCUGCAGAUUGGAAAGUUUUGGGACACGAAGAUUUCUGUGUUGUACUCUGCACAUACCUCUCCUUGCCUCAUCUCUAUCUAUUCCAAUGUCAACUCCUGCUCACACUCCCGGUGGCUCUCCCCUGCCUGUUAUUCCCCAUGGCGUAGGAAACCCGUCUGGAACUCCUGUGGUCGCACCCAUACGAUCAGCCCCGUAUAAGGAUGGCGGCAACAGCAGUCUAGGGACUUUCGGUGUCAAGUCCGGGCUCGCCCAGAUGCUCAAGGGCGGAGUCAUCAUGGACGUAGUAAAUGCUGAACAGGCUCGUAUUGCUGAGGAGGCAGGUGCCUGUGCAGUCAUGGCGCUGGAGCGUGUGCCCGCGGACAUUCGUGCACAGGGUGGUGUCGCUCGUAUGAGCGACCCGAAGAUGAUCAAAGAGAUUGUUGCUGCGGUCACUAUUCCUGUGAUGGCCAAAGUUCGGAUAGGUCAUUUCGUUGAGGCGCAGAUCCUGCAAGCUAUUGGCAUAGACUACAUCGACGAGUCAGAGGUUCUCACUCCCGCUGACGAGGAACACCACAUCAACAAGCAGGCAUUCAAGGUACCUUUCGUCUGUGGUGCCAAAAAUCUCGGGGAGGCACUCCGCCGUAUAUCAGAAGGUGCUGCCUUUAUCCGUACAAAGGGUGAAGCAGGUACAGGCAAUGUUGUGGAGGCCGUGCGCCACCAGCGUGCGGUAAUGAGCGAAAUCAGAAGGGCUAGCGUUAUGAGUGAGGAGGAGCUUUACGCAUAUGCCAAGGAUAUCCAGGCGCCGUUUCACUUACUCAAGGAGACUGCGCGGCUGAAACGUCUACCUGUUGUGAACUUUGCUGCUGGUGGUGUCGCUACGCCUGCUGAUGCUGCUCUCAUGAUGCAAUUGGGCUGUGACGGAGUUUUCGUUGGCUCGGGAGUCUUCCACUCCGGCGAUCCCGCAAAGCGUGCGCGCGCAAUUGUCCAAGCUGUUACACACUACAACAACCCCAAACUACUUGCGGAGGUUUCAGAGGACCUGGGUGAGGCAAUGGUUGGCCUUACGAUCGAUGACAAUCUUAAGGGUGGUAGACUCGCCUCUCGUGGCUGGUAAAAGAUGAAUUAAUGUUUCGGGAGAGUACUGUAGGGUAAUAAAAGGUGUUCUUUGACUUCGUCCCUGAUUAGAUCGCUGAAUCGCUGAGAUGGAUAACAUUGGGAGUAACCUUCAUCCCUGGUAGUAUAUCGGUUUAGUACACGCGCCUGUCAGUCGAACCCCGAUUUGCCGGGGCGCGCGAAAGCGGGGUUCGACUCCCCGCCAGGGAGUUGCUUCUGCUGUUUUUUCCCUCUCUUCCUGCAGAGGGAGGAUGUGGAAUUGAGAGAGGUGCCGGAGGAGCCCGCGAG